GUGUUUAAAAUAGAAGUGCUAAUGAAUGGAAGAAAACAUUUUGUUGAGAAAAGGUACAGUGAAUUCCAUGCCUUGCACAAAAAGCUUAAGAAAUGUAUAAAGACUCCAGAAAUCCCCUCUAAACACGUCAGGAAUUGGGUCCCCAAAGUACUGGAACAACGGCGGCAAGGCCUGGAAACGUACUUACAGGCCGUCAUUUUGGAAAAUGAAGAACUUCCCAAGCUCUUCCUUGAUUUCCUCAAUGUAAGACACUUGCCCUCCUUACCAAAGGCAGAAAGUUGUGGAUCUUUUGAUGAGACAGAAUCUGAAGAGUCAAGCAAGCUGUCCCACCAGCCGGUGCUGCUGUUCCUCGGGGAUCCAUACGUCUUGCCUGCAGCCAGCGAUUUUCCAAAUGUGGUCAUCGAAGGAGUUCUUCAUGGAAUAUUUUACUCUCACCUGCAGCCCAGGUAGAAACCCUACCUGGCCAGAUGAAGCUGAAGCGAGUUUCAGUGUCAAUGGCAAGAAAAUUGAUAGCUCUACCAACUUACCUGAAACUCCAUGACACCAUAGCUCUAGCUAGAGGGAAAAUUCACAGUCCUAGCUUCCUUCAGAACAGGGACGUUUCUAUUAGAAUGGUGCUUUUAAAAUUAGAAACUGAACCAGGGCAACGUCAGUUAAAGGCCAAUUGUUUGAGUAAAAUCGAGAUUCUAACAUGGGAAGUCAGGACUAGGAGGCCACAGUGGAGCAUUGAGAGUACCCAGUGUCAAGGGAGCCAGCCUCUGCUUCAGCUGCACCAUUUGCUAAUUGGAAAUCAGACCCUGAGUCAUGCUGACACUGAACAACUCUGGUGGCCUUUUUUUCAGACCUUGACAAUACUCAUCUUUACGCCGUGAGGUUUUUUUUCUCAGAGAGGGAUACUGUAUUCAGGGGUGCUGGCAGCAGAAGAGAGUCCUGGGACCCAGUGUACUAAGUGUGAGGAAAAAGCCACACUGGAAAUUGAGUUGUACUGAUAAUAGAAUGCAUUGAAGAAUAGAAUACAUUUAGUUUCCAUUACAGUGGAGUUGCCUCCCACCUGCAGGUUGGCCUCCAGCAUCAGUGCUUGAGGUGAAAUGGGGUGUUGGCACUAUCUGUGAGAGUCCCCUAGAAAGACACUAUGUGGGAAGUCUGGCCUCCCAUUUUUAACUUUAGUGUUGGAAAGUAUGAGUGCUCAUCUGAAGACCAGCUGACACCCCUGAUGAAGCCCCAGGGCCAUUUCCUAUAGAAAGUACACACUUUGAACACUAGAAUCACACUGCAAAGUUCUUGUUCCAGUGGGAGUCAGAUGUGAGUUGACAGUGGUUGCAACAGGAGCAAAUGGACUGUUUGUAACUGGGUUUCCUCCACGGUGUACAUUAUCAGGAUAUUACCACAGGCUUUUAUGUGGUUGUUCUUAUAGGUUCCUUUUCACUGAUACCAUGUAUGGAUUAAUGUGAGUUUGGUGUUUGAUGCUGUCUCUCCACUGGAUGUCACACAGAUGGUCAUCUUUUGCUCAGUGACAGAGCCCAGCGUAUGUCCUACCUGUGUGUAUGUGCUGAUGAACAACCUACUUGUGGUUAUAGAUUUUCAUACAUUUAAAUGUUGGAGAAAAUAUUGACAAUUGAAAGUACCAUGUCAUGAAUUUUUAUUAGAGUCCAAACCUACAGAUUGAAACCCUGCUGCAAACUUUUAAGAUACGUUUUAUGAUUGAUUGUGUAAUUAUGUGUUAGGAAUAAAGUAAUCAAGUGUUAUCAGCGAAAAAAAUAACUAAAUGGUGAAGUAUUAGAGAUACUUUUUUUAAGGUUUUUUGUUACUAGCUAUUUUGAGUUAAAUAAAAACAAAUAAAAGUAUUUGAAUUUGUGGUUUUCCCAGAA